GGGUUUCGCAGAGAGACCUGAGCUGGACUGCGGGCCGCGGCAGGCUUCUCCGGCGGAGCCAAAGCAAGCGGAGGGUGAAGUCAGUGGGAGGCGGCGUCGGCAUGGACGAGGCGACGAAGAAGAAAGUGGAAGCGACGGUGCUGGAGAUCCUCCGGGGCUCCGACAUGGAUUCCGUGACGGAGUACAAGGUCCGCUCCGCCGCCGCCGACCGCCUCGGCAUAGAUCUCUCCGUCCCCGAACGCAAGCUCUUCGUCCGCGGCGUCGUGGAGGGAUACCUCACUUCCCUCUCCUCCCAGGAGGUGGAGGAAGAGCAGCAGCAGGGCGACGCCGGCGAGGAGGCAAAGGGGGGCGAGAAGGAAGAUGAAGAGGAAGAGGAACAGGAACAGGAAGAAGAGGAGGAGGAAGAGGAGGGAGGUGCGCGGAAGAAAGAAUACGACGACCAGGGGGACCUUAUCCUCUGCCGCCUGUCGACCAAGAGGAGGGUGACGCUGUCGGAGUUCAAGGGCAGGACACUGGUGUCCAUCCGCGAAUUCUACUUGAAGGACGGCAAGGAGCUGCCAACCAGCAAAGGAAUAAGUAUGACAGUCGAGCAGUGGGAAGCAUUCCGCAAUGCUGUACCUGCGAUAGAGGAUGCCAUAAAAAAGCUUGAAGAUUCAGACUGAGAACAUGUUUUACAAGCCUCUUCUUUUGCCUGUAUCGAAUCAAAAGGCCCAGGGCAUAUGUGGUUUGCAAAGUGCCUCGCAGUCUCAUCUCAUGGAGCUCCUAGAGCUCCUAUGAACUUGUGUAAAACUAAAAGUAGUGCCAUCUGUAGGGUAGACUCUAUACAGUACGGAAUGUUUGCUAACAAGCAGUAAAGAGUUCGGAAUUUAUGCUAGCAAGUUUGUGAAUUUUUUCUUCA